UGGCAUGCUGCAGUCUUGGAGCGGAGACGGAGGACGUCUCUCUCUCUUUGUGGCUGCGGCAAACUGGCAAUGGAGUUUGAAGGGAAGCCUCCUCGCUCUCUCCCCCUUUCCACCGAGUACGGAGCCAUGGGGGAGGAUUCUGGCAACGCUGCUCAUGGACAGGGGACACAUUAAUGUCUGCUUGUACUCCGCAGUGAUCCAACAAACCGAGGUACCGGCUUUUCCACUCUUCCAGCUCCCAAAUCUACUCCUUGUCGCCUGGACCCUGGACGCCUCGUCUGCCAAUUUCUGGUAGAUAGACUGAAGUGGCUGCUUCGUGUCGCUCUGUGGCAUCAAAUUAGGGAGAAAUGGAUUUUGUUGCUCGAUUUGUUGAAUUAGGAGAAAAAGAUUGAAUUUUCGCGACAAAGCUUUUGUUUUUUUUAUGGCUGCUGCUUCGGGAAUCUGGAUCCUUGGGCUGGUGUUCCUCGUCUCCUCGAUGGCGUCAUUGCCGCGGUGCUUCUGUGCAUUCACCCCCGCCGACAGGUACCUGAUCGAUUGCGGAUCUCCGACCAGCACAGCCAUCGGAAGCAGGACCUUUGUGGCCGAUUUAUUUUUUUCUUCCACGCUGACGACCCCGACGAACAUCUUGGCGAACACCACUCGAAGCCCCGGCGCCGCCUCUUUCGCCUCGGAGCUCUACCAAACUGCCCGCAUCUUCACAGGACCCUCCUCCUACUCCUUUCCUAUCAAGGCACAAGGCCGGCACUUCAUCCGUCUCUAUUUCUUCCCAUUUGUGUACAGCAGUUACGACCUCACCGCUGCAACUUUCACUGUGUCGACGCAAGAUUUGGUGCUUCUCCACAAUUUCCGCUCAAAUUCGUCAGCGAUGAAGGAAUUCCUAGUAAACACUGCUCGUGACACUCUCAUCCUCUCGUUUGCACCAUCAGGAACCAGUUCCCUGGCAUUUGUGAAUGCUAUAGAAGUUGUUUCAGCUCCUGAUAAUCUAAUUGCCGACAAUGCGCAAACUGUUCGGAUGCAGUCUUACCGGGGUUUAUCGGCUCAAGCAUUCGAGACGAUCUAUCAUCUCAAUGUGGGUGGUCAAGAUGUCCUUCCUGAGGGUGAUCUUUUGUGGAGAACUUGGGAUGCUGAUCUGAGAAUCUUGAUGGAUGCUACUUCAUCUAAAACCUCGAAUAGCUCCGACCGGCUGAAUUAUCUGCCGAUAGGAGCUACCGAAGAGAGCGCUCCCGAAAUAGUAUAUGCCACAGCAAGGGAAUUGGUGUUGACCAAUACUUCGAAUGCAAAGAUCAAUAUGACAUGGAAGCUCAACGUUGAUGCCAGUUUCAGCUACUUGCUGAGGUUUCAUUUCUGUGACAUAGUAAGUCUCGCCGCUAAUCAGCUAUACUUCAAUGUUAGUGUGGGUAACUGGCACAUACUUACUAAUUUCGAUCUUUCAAGUAUUUUAUAUCGGAAGUUGGCUGCACCUUAUUUUGUAGAUUUUGUUAUAGAAGCUAGUGACAUGCCCGAUGAGCUUUCUAUCAGUAUUACUCCUUCAGGUUUUCAAGUUGCUCAUAAUGGCAUCCUUAAUGGGCUCGAGAUUUUGAAGAUGAACUUCUCUGUUGGCUCUGUGAUGGUUGUGCCGCUGCCUUCUUCAUCUGGUUCAAAGAAGAGCAUAGGGAUUGUGGUUGGCUCAGUCAUUGGAUUCAUUGCGAUUUUAGUUGUUAGUAUUACUCUUUUCAUGGUUCUAAGGAGAAGGAAGCUCUGUAGCAAACAGUCUGUUGAGAGUUUGAUGACUUUCUCCACGAAUGACUUGAGUUUUGAAAGAGCAACCGAUCGGAAUUCAAUUGAAACGGCUUCCUUGUCAGAGACAAAUAGGCAAUUCAGCUACCGCUUUCCAUUUGUUGUGCUAGAGGAAGCAACAAAGAACUUUGAUAAUAGUUUGAUGAUUGGAUUCGGAGGGUUUGGAAAAGUCUACAAAGGUGUGUUAAGAGACAACAUGAAAAUAGCAGUGAAGAGAGGGAAUUCAGUGUACAAACAAGGUCUCAAGGAGUUCCGCAAUGAAAUUGAACUGUUAUCGCAAUUGCGACACCGUCAUCUAGUGUGCCUUAUUGGUUUCUGCGACGAGAAGAACGAGAUGAUUCUUGUUUAUGAGUACAUGGAAAAUGGAACUCUCAAGAAGCACCUUUACGGAUUGGGUCUUCCUCCACUUACCUGGAAGCAGCGGUUGGAAAUCUGUAUCGGAGCAGCGAAAGGACUUCAUUACCUUCAUACAAGUUCAUCGAGGGCUAUCAUACACCGCGAUGUGAAGUCUGCGAACAUUCUACUCGAUGAGAAUCUAUUGGCAAAAGUCUCAGACUUUGGAUUGUCAAAGACUGGACCUGAUUUGGAUCAUACACAUGUGACUACUGCAGUGAAAGGGAGUUUUGGGUAUCUCGAUCCCGAGUACUUCAGAAGGCAAAAGCUAACAGAAAAAUCAGAUGUUUACUCUUUCGGUGUUGUUUUACUCGAAGUUCUUUGCGCGAGGCCAGUCAUCAAUCCCACACUGCCAAAUGAGCAAGUGAACUUGGCAGAAUGGGGAAUGAAGUGGCUGAAGAAAGGGGAGUUAGGACAGAUUGUCGACCUGCGAAUCGCAGGGACAAUUAGACCUGCAUCCCUGACAAAGUUUGGGGCUACGAUCGAGCAUUGUCUGCAGGAUUACGGUGCCGACCGACCCACAAUGGCCGAUGUACUAUGGAAUCUGGAGUAUGCUCUGAAGCUUCAGGAGUCCGAGGCCAGUCUGGCCAAGACUAAUAGCGAAAUUCGCAUUGCUGAACUUUCGCCCAUGGUUCAAAGUAUCAACCCCACCGGAGAUGUAUCUUCGCAGGAGUCCAAUGGCCCUGUCACGAACGACUAUACAGAUGCUUCAAUAGACAAAGCAUUUUCGCAAUUGAUGAAUUCCGAAGCGAGGUAAAUUCUGUUGUACUCAUGAAUGGUUGUUUAGUUCCUAAUGUUCUUUGUGAACCUUGCUUCAAUGUUGUGGUAUGUUUUUCAUUAAUAUGUUUCAUUCGAGUUAAA